AAUUAACAUAUUUAAACACUUAUAUUAAACAUUGUUUACUUCACUGCUUAAUUAAUAAAUUAUAAAUCGCUCAUUAUCAUUAAUUUUAUAGCAUACGGUGUGUUUAUACCUAUAUUAACUUAUACAAAAGUGUUUUUAACUUUUAUUAAUUUUGUCACUUUUAUUCAAUUUGUCGCUAUAAACUGAAGAAAUUCAACUGCAAUUAAUUAACAUGACGCUGGUAAAUUUUGGGCGACUCAACCUGGACUCCUAUUUACUGGAAUUAUAUGUUUUUUAUUCGGCUUUACUAUGUUUAAAGUUGCUGUUGAUGUGUGGCAUGGUGGGCUUGGCGAGAAUAUAUUUUAAGGCUGUUUUCAAUGAAGAGGAUUCAAAAUAUGGCUCAUUCAGCUUGAAAGAAGACGAAACAGUUGAAAGAUACAGAAGAGCUCAUCUCAAUGACCUUGAAAACAUCCCCGUUUUUUUAAUAAGCAGCCUGUUAUUUAUUUUGACCAACCCUACAUAUUUUUGGGCACUAUGGGUUUUUAGAGUAUAUUUUUUUACUAGAAUAGGUCAUACUUUUAUGUAUUGUUUUGUCAAAAGUACUGUGUUUAGAAUUGUUUUUUACGACACUGGGUUAUAUAUAAAUAUUUUUAUUAUUCUUAGGAUUUUGUACUUUUUUUACACUGUUUAAUACAUA